CUUCGGUGUUGAAGGUUUGACGGUCGGUGAAGAUGCUGCAGAUGAAUGAGACGGACUUCUACCUGCAGCUGUCGGAGUUCAGCUUCGAGCGGCGCUUCGACGAGCGCGGAGCGAUCCGGUGGAUGCAGGAAAACUGGAGCAAGUCGUUUGUGUUCAGCGCGCUCUACGCCGCCCUGGUGUUUGGAGGCCAGCACUACAUGAAGCCGCGACCCAAACUCAACCUGCGGCUGCCGCUCGUCCUCUGGUCUCUCAGCCUCGCUUUGUUCAGUAUCAUCGGGGCGGUUCGGACCGGUUCCUACAUGUUCCACAUCCUAAGCUCCAGCGGCUUCAGACGCUCCAUCUGUGACCAAAGCUUCUACAACGGACCCAUCAGCAAGUUCUGGGCCUAUGCCUUUGUCCUCAGCAAAGCUCCAGAACUCGGCGACACGGCGUUCAUCGUUCUCCGGAAGCAGAAGCUCCUCUUCCUGCACUGGUACCACCACAUCACCGUUCUGCUCUACUCCUGGUACUCCUACAAAGACAUGGUGGCCGGCGGCGGCUGGUUCAUGACCAUGAACUACACCGUGCACGCGCUCAUGUACAGCUACUACGCUGCACGUGCCGCCGGGCUGCGCGUGCCCCGCCCCUUCGCCGUGCUCAUCACCAGCUCUCAGAUCGCCCAGAUGGUGAUGGGGGUGACGGUUAGUGGGCUGGUGUACCGCUGGAUGCAGCAGGGGGACUGCCCCUCUCACCUGGAUAACAUCACCUGGGCUUCGCUCAUGUACCUCAGCUACCUGCUGCUCUUCUCCAAUUUCUUCUACCAGACAUACCUGCGCCGCGACGCCAAGCCUGUCAAGACCACCAAGACCCAGUAGAGACCAAGGCCCCAGCAUGAGGAGCUGAGGCUUUAGAGUCGACAGAUUUAUGACAAAAAUCUGACAUUUUAAUGUCUGAACAACUUAAAGACGGAGCGAGACAGAAGUCACAUUUGUGACGCCGCCAAACCGAAGAAACUCUAAAUUCUGUAAACUCUAAAUGCAACGUGCUGAAAUAAUUAACAGUAAUUUCCCACCAAAGCAACCGGAAGUCCAGAACUCACACUUUCACGAACAUGGAAACUCAGAACCAGGUGAUGUUUUGGUUUUUAAAAACCUGAAAUAUUUAUUGUCAGUCAGGAAUGUGCCGUCCGUCAGGGAUGGAUCGGCUCAUCUUUGGAAGGCUUCAUAAAUAUCUGCUCCAGAAAAUGUCUCAACGUCCGGUGAAUAUUUCAGUUUAUCAAAUAUGGAAUAAGUGAAUUUAAAAAGAGGAAAUUAUUUGGGUCUUAAGAGAGCAGGUCUUUAAAUCCUCUCUAGAAAGAGUCUCUAAACCUCUGGAAAUGGAAACCUGUCACUCAGUCUGAAGGUGUACUGUGAAGGAUUUUGAGUUGGACCCUGAAACAUUCACAUCUUGCCUUUUCAUUCUCAUUUCUAAGUAAUUUAAUUUGUAAGAUAAGCUAAUUUUACCAUCUGAACUCAGAAAACCUGCUACUGUUGGUCCAAACCACUGAGACGCGUCAGUCAACAUUUACCUGCUUCUUUUUUUCUGUCUGUCGGUGACACAAUAGCAGGAUUAAAACUAAAAAGACUGGAAGUUUUUCUGGAGAUGCCACUGGGAGUAACCAAUUUCAGCCCUUUUAUACUGGUUUAACUGGUUCCACCUGCUGCUGCUGAAACUGUAAAUGUUGACUGGAUGUAGAUGAUCUUCACCUUGGAUAACGGAUGCUUUGAAUCCAUCUGGGACAGAAUUUUCCUAAACUUUCCUUAAACUUCAGGGUUUGAUGGUAGAGUUGGGUUUUCUUCAUCCCGACUCAAGUCCUGCACGUGUUUAUCAAGGUGGAUAUUUUUCUUUUUCUCAAUGUUCAAACUUUGGGCUGCAGCUGCUUUUAGGCUGAAGCUGUUGAUAUUUAGUAGAUUUCAAAUAUAUGAACAUCUAAGAAAAUCAUGUUUGAGGCACAUUAAAGGAUCCUCAGCGGUUUGGACCUUUUCAUUCAGAGGUGACCUCUUCGGAGGUUUUGUUGAUCGGAUUCACACGUUAAUGAUCAAACUGAAAGUAGUGAAUUGUCAGUUUGAGACUCAGACGUGAUCAUUUCUUUAUUUUCUCCAUAAGACUUCAAUGGUUUGUGUCUCAGUCAUUUUUAAAGUCUGCAUCUCUCAGAUCAGGAUGAUUUUACAUGGUUUACGUCCGCGUGUGUGUUGGCAGGAAGCUUUUUUUUUUUUUCUUGUUUCUGAUGUAUGAUGGCGCCUGAUUGGCUGCUGGAAAGUCUCCUUGUGGUGUUUCGCUUCUGUUUUCACUAAAACUUACAUUUGUAUAAAUCACAGGUUGGAUAUUUAAUGUUUUUAUAGGAAAAAAGUUUGCCUGUUUAAGUGUUUUUGUAUUUAUAUGUUUGAAAUGUGUGUGAUGGCAAAAAUGUCUGAAUUUUAAAGAAAAACCAACUUUGUUUUAUGAAGACAGGAUGUUUUGCUGUAUGAACACAACCUGCUGCUGAGAAGUUCAGCAAAAGAUUAAAUUUAUAUUUUAUUUAUUUUGAAUUUAAUAAAGACUUUUUUAAAAAUCUGA